AUGAGUUUCAAGCCGCAGGAGAAUCCUCUGGUUCAUGAAAUAGUAUGUUCCAUGUCCAGACUCCAGGGACUUGAUAUCGACGGUCUCUACAGUCAUCCCCGUGAGGCGACCGAAGAAGAAUUAACGAAAAGUGUAUGGCUCAAGGGCCAUGCAGAUAUUGGGUCUAUCACUAUUCUCUACAGCCAGCCAAUCGGAGGACUGCAAAUACUUUCUCGCGACAACCAAUGGAGAUGGAUCAAACAUAUCGACAAUGCUCUGGUAGUCAACGCUGGCGAUGCCAUCGAAUUCUUGUCUGGGGGGUAUUAUAAGGCGACGAGGCACAGGGUAAUACAGCCCCCAGCAGACCAACGAAGCAUCCCACGCCUGGGGGUCUUCUAUUUCUCAAUGGCGAACGACGAUGCGAAAUUGAACCCCUUGCUUGAAAGCCCCGUGCUCCAAAGGAUCGGAACCACAAAAUACUUCGAAGAGGGCGAGGCACCAACCAUGGAACAAUGGCGACGAAAUAGAACGGCACUGUACGGCAAGAGCCAGCUGAAGCCGAGUGAGAAAGAAGUUGGGGUUGAAGAGGAAGUAAUUCACGGAACGGUAGUGAAGCACUACAACUGA